AGUUAAUAAUGUAAAGCUGCGGCGCGUGAGGUCUUUAUCUCGAAUCUGCUUUGAUUUUCGCAUACACCAAAAUGGUCGGAACCGAACCAAACGUGAAAGACGAUUGUUGCAGUGACAAUAAUAAGAAAAAAUAUUGUGUCAAUGACCCACCACCUCCUUAUUACUACGAAAAUAAUGAUGUGGAUACCUAUUUUUCUAACGACAAAGUUAUAAUUCCCGAGGACGAUACGAGUCGCUUCAGUUUUAAGAAGUUAUGGGCGUUCACAGGUCCGGGAUUUUUAAUGUCCAUAGCAUACCUCGAUCCUGGUAAUAUAGAAAGCGAUCUUCAAUCAGGAACCGUAGGCAACUAUAGACUAUUAUGGGUUUUAUUUGGAGCGACCAUUUUGGGAUUCAUCAUGCAAACCUUGGCUACAAAACUAGGUGUCGUAACAGGCCUACAUCUAGCAGAAAUGUGUUUUAGACAAUACAAAAAAGUUCCCAGAUUAAUAUUAUGGAUAAUGGUGGAAAUAGCUGUUAUAGGAUCAGAUAUGCAAGAAGUUAUUGGUACAGCCAUCGCUCUCUAUUUGUUGACAAACAAAUUCAUACCCUUAUGGUUGGGGUGCCUAAUAACAAUCUUUGACACGUUCACAUUUCUCUUUCUGGACAAGUACGGCCUCAGAAAACUGGAACUUCUAUUUGGAUUCCUUAUAGCUGUGAUGGGUAUUACCUUUGGUUACGAGUACAUAGUAGCGCAGCCAUCUUCAGCAGACGUGGCUAAAGGCCUCUUCAUUCCAAUGUGUCAAGAUUGCGAUUCGCAGGUAUUGCUCCAAGCCGUCGGAGUAAUAGGAGCCGUCAUUAUGCCGCAUAACCUGUAUUUGCAUUCGGCUCUGGUGAAAAGCAGAGAUAUUGAUAGGAGUAAACCAGCCAAAAUUAAGGAAGCCAAUAUGUAUUAUUACAUAGAGAGUGCUAUAGCUCUUUUGUGUAGUUUAGUUAUAAAUAUUUUUGUAGUUGCUGUAUUUGCAUAUGGGUUGUUUCAGAAGUCUAACAGAGGAUUGGUGGAUCAAUGUAAAACAACAAAUAAUAGUUAUCUUUAUAACCUGGCCGUUGAGGAAUUUGGGACUAGCGAUGAUUUGUAGACGCAGAUAUUUACAAGGGCGGCAUUUUCCUUGGUUGUGCAUUUGGAACAGCCGCAAUGUAUAUUUGGGCAGUUGGUAUUCUCGCGGCAGGCCAAAGCUCUACUAUGACAGGAACGUACGCCGGUCAGUUCGCCAUGGAAGGUUUCUUAGACUUACGAUGGUCUAGAUGGAAGAGAGUCCUCCUUACCAGAUCCAUAGCCAUGGUUCCUACUUUCUGCACAGCGUUUUUCACUUCGAUGUCAGAUCUUACAAGCUUAAAUGACUACUUAAAUGCGGUCAUGAGUCUACAGCUACCGUUUGCUUUGUUGCCGACUAUAGCGUUUACUAGUAACAAAAAGAUCAUGGGAGAGUUUGCAAAUGGACUAAUUCUAAACGCUGUGUCGAUAUGUCUGGCAGUCAUCAUAAUCUCGAUCAACAUCUUCUUCGUGUCAGAAAAACUAUAUGAAGCCAAUUUGCCGUUAUACGCUCUCGUGAUAAUAUGUAUAGUGGCUGUUGGCUACUUUAUACUCGUUGUUUACAUCUCUAUCCACCUCUAUGUUGGAAUGGUUGGAAUAGGACUAAACGAAAAAAACUCAUACGUGGAAAAAUUCGUGAUGGUACCUAUGAAAAGGCCUCAAAUUGUAAGCCCGUAAUUUAUUGUAUUUUUUUAUGUAAAUAUAUUUUUUUAU